UCGUUCUCAGUGCCUUGUUACUUUUCUGCAUUCUGGGUUCAUUUCCGGUUGCCUUUAACCGACUCGGUCGCCAUUUGUUUUCAGCUGUCAAGAGAAAGGAGUGAAGCAUUUGAAAAUGAGCGGGUGUCGAGUGUUCAUCGGCCGGCUGAGCCCCCACGCCAGAGAGAGGGACGUAGAGAAGUUUUUCAGAGGAUUCGGGCACAUUCGGGAGAUCAAUCUGAAAAACGGCUUUGGCUUUGUGGAGUUUGAUGACCACAGAGAUGCUGAUGAUGCAGUCUAUGAACUGAAUGGGAAAGAACUGUGCAAUGAAAGGGUCACAAUCGAGCAUGCCCGCUCUCCCAGGGGGAGAGGAGGUGGAGGAGCUGGAGGAGGAGGAGGAGGAAGGUUCUCUCCGCGGUUCAGCAGUUACCGUCAGACUCGCGGCUCAAUGUAUGGUCCUCCUGUGCGCACAGAGCACAGAAUCAUUGUUGAGAACCUCUCGUCCCGGAUAAGUUGGCAGGAUCUAAAGGAUAUGAUGAGGAAGGUUGGUGAAGUCACAUUUGUGGAUGCACACAGAUCCAACAAGAAUGAAGGAGUGGUGGAAUUUGCUUCACACAGCGAUAUGAAGAACGCAAUUGAUAAACUAGAUGGGACUGAACUUAACGGACGCAAACUCAAACUGACUGAGGAUCGCAAGAAGAACAGAAGCCGCUCCCGCUCCAGGAGCUACACCAGGUCUCGCAGUCGUUCCCGAUCCAGGAGCCGUUCCAAAUCCCAGAGCAGGAGCCGAAGCAGGAAACAUAGCCGUACCAGGUCUCGCUCGCUCAGCCACAGCCCAGAGAGGAAACCCCUUCCUCGGGCUGCCCCUCGCUCCCCCUCCCGCUCCCCGUCUCGCUCCAAGUCUCGAUCCCACUCCCGAUCCCCUCCAGUGCAGAAGAGGCAGUCCAGAUCCAGGUCCCCCUCGGCUGAGAGCCAGCACUGAGAGCCGUCUCCCUGCCUGCACCUGCUGUAUCUGUAGAUGUGGCAACGGGUCUCGUGUCUGGUUAGAAUUGCAGUCAUCUGUCUGUUAAAGCAGCUGGUGUGAUUUAUUUUCGGUUGCAUAAUAGAAUGCCACAGUAGGCAUAACUUUUUUUUUUUUUUUUUUUUUAAUAAUUUGAAAAAUGCCAUGUUAUCCACCUGUAAUGUUUGGAUCAUCUCCCCCCCCAAAAAACGGUGUUUUUUCUUUUUUCCAUUAGUUAUUAUUUUGUGAUGGGUAUUGGUGUUCUGGCUAGCGGUUAUAAAUUUUUCCUGGUGGUGUUUUUGGAUUCCUUGCUAUACCAAAAAUUCAAAAAACAAACCUUGAACUGUAUUUGCAUAUAUAUGUAUGUAUUUUUUGAAUGAGCCAAGAAAUAUCCUCUUCCAUUUCAAAUCAUAUAGACAGCAAGCCCAAACCUAGGCAGUGACAACGUUGUGAAUUUUAUUCAGGGUGACACUGUUGUUCUGAACUACUUUAUUCUGCUUAAAGGAGUGGACAGUAACCCAUAAGCAGUAAAUUGGUGUCUUGUUUGUUUUUACCCUCUGAACGCUCUGCACAGCAAA